AUGCAGCAAAACGGAGAUCCUCGUCGAUCAAAUCGAGUCGUUCGCUACAAACCACUCGAUUCGAAUGCCAAUCAGCAACAGGCCGUCAGUGAAGACCCACUUCCAGAGUAUAUGAACGUACUCGGCAUGAUAUUCAGUAUGUGCGGAUUGAUGAUUAGAAUGAAAUGGUGCUCGUGGCUCGCUCUCUUAUGUUCCUGCAUCUCGUUCGCCAAUACCCGUACUUCUGACGACGCCAAGCAAAUCGUCAGCAGUUUCAUGCUAUCCGUCUCUGCUGUCGUGAUGAGCUAUCUCCAGAAUCCAUCGCCAAUCAUUCCUCCGUGGGUCACACUGCUCCAAUCCUGA